AUGUCCAAUCCUACCUUCAAGCUCAAUACGGGACACGAUAUACCCGGCCUUGGGUUCGGGACAUGGGACCCCAGGUACCCGGAAAAGGCAUAUGAGGCAACGCUCCAUGCACUCCAUGCCGGGUACAGACACCUCGACUGUGCUGCUCUCUACAUCAACGAAGAGCUUGUUGGCAAAGCGAUACAUGAAUUUCUCGAGUCUCGCCCCGAUGUCCAGCGUAAAGACCUGUUCAUCACCACCAAGGCAUGGAACCAUAUGCAUGAGCCAGAAGACGUCAAGGCCAGUAUAAAGGAGUCCCUCCGAAAGCUGAGGCUGGACUAUGUCGACCUGUAUCUUUUGCACUAUCCAGUCGCUACGGUAAAAGAUGAAAAGGGAGGGGAAGCUGUAGGCGCUGAUGGAAAGUACAUUGUCAAGAGGGAACUCACAGAGAACCCGGAACCUACAUGGCGUGCAAUGGAGAAGGUUGCCCGAGAUGGCCUUACACGGGCAAUUGGCGUUUCAAACUGGUCUGUCUCCCGACUACGGUCUCUGCUGAAAUUUGCAUCUAUACCACCGGCUACCAACCAGAUUGAGAUCCACCCUUUCUUCCCAAACACCAAGGUUGUUCAAUUCUGCCUCGAUCACAGUAUCCUCCCUGUGGCAUAUUCGCCUCUAGGAUCCCAGGUUCUUACAUGUUGCGAAGCGGAAAAGGCUCGUGGUCAGCAGGCACUUCGGGAUAUAGCUAUCAGAAAAGGCUGUGACAUUGGACAACUUCUCAUAGCAUGGGGUCUGAGGCGGGGGUAUUCAGUAAUUCCAAAGUCCUUCACAAAGUCACGAAUUACGAGUAAUUUCCAGCGAGUCGAACUAAUGGAUGAGGAAUUCAAAGCCAUUGGGGAUGCCCCGGGUGGAAAGUACACUCGCUUUGUUGAUCUUAGCGUUGAAUAUUCUUACGAUAACUUUUGGGCUGAUGAAGAGGAUAGAUAG